AUGGCGGCCGGGGGUCUCCUGCAGGAGCUGUGCGAGGAAGCCUCUUGCUCCGUCUGCCUGGACUUCUUCAGGGACCCGGUGACCAUUGCGGAGUGCGGCCACAACUUCUGCCGCGCCUGCCUGACCCGCAGCUGGGGGGCGUCUAGGGCAGAGGCUUCCUGCCCCCAAUGCAGAGGGAGAAUGCAGGAGGGGAGCCUCCGGCCAAACAAGCAUCUGGCCAACUUUGUCCAAAUAGCCAAAAAAUUCACCCUUCAGGAGGGAAAGGAGGCAGGGAGAGUUUGCCAGAAGCACCAGGAGCCGCUGAAGCUCUUCUGCAAGGACGAUGAAGCCCUCAUCUGUGUGGUCUGUGACCGAUCCAAGGAGCACAGAAAUCAUGAAACCCUUCCUCUUGAGGAGGCCUCCCAGGAGUACAAGAAGCAAACCACAGGAGAGAAGCAAGAGACGGUAGCCAAGUUCAGGCAACUACACUCAUUUCUGGAGGAACAAGAGAAACUUCUUCUGGCCCAGAUGGAAGAGGUGGAGAAGGAGGUGGCAAGAAACAGGGUCCAGCACCUGGUCAAACUCUCUGAGGCUCUUUCCUCUCUGGACAACCUCAUCCAGGAGAUGGAGGAGAAGAGUCAGCAGCCGGCCAGUGAACUCCUGCAGGAUGCCAGAUGCACCUUGCAGAGGUAUGAAGAAAAGGAGGAGUUUGAGGAUCCAGUGGCUUUUCCUCUUGCACAGAAGUGGUGCAUCUGGGACUUGUCUGAUCUAAAUCUCUUUUUGGAGAGCAUCAAGAAGCAAUUCGAAGACACUCUGGAUUCUGGAUUUUACUUGCAGAAAGCAUGUGUGACUCUGGAUCCAGACACGGCCCAUCCCGGACUCCUCCUGUCUGAGAACUGGAAAAGCGUGAGAGAUGGAGAAAAAGCUCAAGCUCUGCUGGACGAUCCUGAGAGAUUUUCCACAUAUACUGCUGUGCUGGGCUGUGAGAGAUUCACAGCAGGCCGCCAUUUCUGGGAAGUCCUUGUGGGAAGUGAGGAAAGAUGGGCUGUGGGGGUGGCCAGAGAGUCUGUGAGGAGGAAGGGAAGGAUCACCUUUGGUCCCGAGAGAGGGAUCUGGGCUGUGGGGAAGUGGUGUGGGCACUACAGGGCUUCCAUAAAAGGACAAUACCAUCCCCUGUCCCUGACCAGGGAGCCCAAGAGGAUUCGAGUCUGCCUGAACUACGCUGGGGGCCGAGUGGCCUUUUUCGACGCUGACCGAGGAGCCCUGAUCCACGAGUUCUCCGGAGCCUCCUUCUCUGGAGAGACCCUCCUGCCCUUCUUUUGGGUGAAUUCAAAAGCCCACCUCAAGCUCUCUUCUUCUUAA